AUGGCUUCCCAAGACCUCAAACGCCGACCCCAACCCGAAUCGGAAACCCGAACCCACCAACAACCGAGCGCCACCGCUUCCCGCCGCGGAAAAUCCUCCUCCACCGUCGCCGCCUCCGGCCGCGGCCUCCGGUCUCUGACCGCCGCCCUCGCUUUCCCCCUCUCCCUCGCCGUCCUCGACAUAUACCUCUUCGGGUCGGCCGCCCGGAAACCCUUCUACUUCCCGCCUUUGUGGGCCCUACACCUGGCCUGCCUGGCAUCGGCCCUCCUGUUGGGCCUGUCCGCGUGGCUCGUAUGGGCCGACGGCGGGUUCCACCGCAGGCCCAACGCCCUGAUGCUUUACCUGGGCCAGCUCGCGGUUGGGCUGGGCUGGUACCCGGUCGUGUUUCGGGCCGGAGCGGUUUGGGCCGGCCUGGGCCUGUGUGUGGCCCUGUUCGGGGCGAUGAUCGGGUGUGAGAGGGCGUUUGGGAGGGUGAACCCGAUAGCGGGGAGUUUGGUGAGGCCAUGCCUUGCGUGGGCCCUGCUGAUUUCGGUUUUGAAUGUUAGGCUUUUGUUGUAUUAG